UGUUGACGAGUCGCUUAGCAACCGGGAGGCUAACCUUUGGAAGCUUGUUGCAGCACUAGCCGCGGUCCUGCCCUCUUCCUGCCCCUCCCCUCCCUCAAACUCCCUUCACCAAGGUGCUGCCAAACACCUGGAUCGACCUGGCACCUCGAGAGGCUGAAUUUCUACCAGUAACGCGCCUUUUACGUUUUUUUCCCCGAUCUCCCGCUCACAUCCGUAAAACCCUCUGAUUCUUUUACUACAUUUUUUUUUAUGAGAACAAGACAUUUUCUAGGAAGAUGGUGGCAGAAAAAGAGACCCUGAGCUUAAACAAAUGCCCAGACAAGAUGCCGAAGAGGACCAAGCUGCUGGCACAACAGCCGCUCCCGGUGCACCAGCCUCACUCCCUGGUUUCUGAGGGCUUCACAGUCAAAGCCAUGAUGAAAAACUCAGUCGUGAGAGGCCCUCCGGCUGCAGGGGCAUUUAAAGAAAGACCAACCAAGCCCACAGCAUUUCGAAAAUUUUAUGAGCGAGGAGACUUCCCAAUCGCCCUUGAGCAUGACUCGAAAGGAAACAAAAUAGCCUGGAAGGUGGAAAUCGAGAAGCUGGAUUACCAUCAUUACCUGCCUCUGUUUUUUGAUGGGCUUUGUGAAAUGACAUUUCCCUAUGAGUUUUUUGCUCGGCAAGGAAUCCAUGACAUGCUGGAACAUGGGGGAAACAAGAUUCUACCUGUCAUUCCACAGCUCAUUAUUCCGAUAAAAAAUGCCUUGAACCUCAGAAACCGGCAGGUCAUCUGUGUCACGCUCAAAGUCCUCCAGCAUCUGGUUGUGUCAGCAGAGAUGGUGGGCGAGGCUUUGGUGCCCUACUACCGUCAGAUCCUCCCCAUCCUGAACAUCUUUAAGAACAUGAAUGGUUCCCAGCAGAUGGUCAUAGGUCGUGAACAUUUAUCUACCGAAUAUGAGAAAAGUGCAGAGAGGCACCUCGGAGGCCAGCCAUCUCUCGCUGCCUUCAGGCCAUCCACACCAUGGCCAGUGCCCCCUGGUGAAAGGGGUCUCUGUUUUAAGGGCCAUUACAGAAGAAUCCCAGACUCCUCCAGAGCUUGUCACCCACCACACUCAGGAGUCACCUCCUGUGUUCUGAGUAACCCUCGCGGAGGAUUUGCCAGGGUCUCCUUUCUCCCUUCGUGCUCGUGGUGGGAGCAGCGGGGCACCACCUUCCUUGUCCUGGGUGUUGUCGCUCCUGUCACUGCUGCUAAUGCUGCUGCUGCCCUGGCACCACCUCUGGGAGGCACUGCACCUCAGGUGUGCCAGCUACUCCCCACAGCAAAGGCAGGCGGGAGCUCAUUCUGCCUUCUGAUGGAUGGGCAAACAGAGGCUCAGGAGGAUGAAAACAGUUGUCCAAAGGACAGCUAG